GUCUUGUAGAGGCUGGAAUUUCUUGGUGACGCUGUUUUGGACUAUGUCAUCACGAUGCAUUUUUAUAAUACAUAUCCUGGGAUGUCGCCGGAAAAGUUAACUGACAUGAGGUCUGCUUCUGUCAACAACGAUUGUUAUGCUUUGUCUGCCGUCAAGGCUGGAUUACAGAAGCACAUUCUUUAUACGUCACACCAGCUGCACAAGGAAAUAGCUAACACCAUAAUCAAUUUUGAGAAGCUGUCUUCAGAGUCUACAUUCGGAUGGGAGUCAGAGACAUCUUUUCCGAAGGUACUUGGAGAUGUUAUAGAGUCACUUGCUGGUGCAAUUUUUGUUGAUUCUGGAUACGACAAGGAACUUGUCUUUCAGAGUAUAAGGCCUCUAUUAGAGCCCUUGAUAACACCUGAAACUGUCAAGCUUCACCCGGCGAAAGAACUGAAUGAACUUUGCCAAAAAAUGCAUUUUGAUAUGAAGAAACCCGUCAAGUCCCGCGAAAACGGUGUGUCUUCCAUAACAAUAGAGGUUGAAGCAAAUGGAGUCACAUACAGGCACACUUCAAACGUUUCGGAUAAGAAAAUAGGAAAGAAAGUUGCCUGCAAAGAAGUUCUCGAGGCCCUGAAACGAGCCCUGAGCUUGAAGUAGAAA